GCUGGGGGUUUACACGGGAGCCAGCACGCUGCAGCCCUGACCGAGCUUGGUGACUGUCAGACUCGUCUGUCUCGCUAGAAGAGUGAGGCGAGAGGAAAAGAAAUGCACUGACAACAUGGUGCAAAAUCCAAAAAAGUUCCCACCCUCGUAGUGAAGUUUGCCCCAGACCAUCCAUUUCUGCUAGUAACUAGGGGCGGAUGGAGGUCUCCUAAGAUACCAUCUAAGAAUCCAUUCUCCUCUUUCCGAUGUAAGAAACAUGAGUGGAAGGGACCUUCGAACAUUCAUUACAACUCACAGGACUAGUGACAUAGAUAAUCUGGUUGUUCGUAUGAAAAAUGGUCUUUUCAGCCAGAAGUAUAAACCUGUUGACUAUACACAACUACAUGCACUUACUGAAGAAAAGAGAAAAGCAUCUGCUAAUAUACAAUUAAAGGUUAAAAGAGUAGAACAAGUUUCAAAAACUAACAAAGAACAAAUGCUGCUGAAACAGCACCACCAGGUCUGGUGGCAAGAGCAUAAACGACUGAGUGAGAACAGACAUAAAGUAGAAGCAGAAAUGCAAACUUUCCUUGAUGAAGGGAGCCUUGAAUGUGAAUUUCUUUUGGAUAUGUGGGACUUGGCACAUAAGUUAUCAAAGGAACGGGAUACAUAUCAAACAAAUACAGUAGAUCCCAUCUGGCAACUGAGAGAGGAUUUGAAAUGUAGGCUGUCUGAAAUGCAGUGCUACUCUUCACAGAAAUCCUACAUGGAAUAUGAGUUCCUUCCAAUCAAGGUGUUAGAGCAGGUAGACUUUGUGAAGGAACAACAGAAGACAAUUUUGGAAUUACUUAAUCAAGAAAAACUGGCUUUGGAACAAGAGCUUGAAGACUGUAAGGCUAAAGUACUAAUAUACUCUUUUGAAGAGAAAACUGGCCUUUUUCAUAAAGUUCCUGUACAGUUACUGGCCCUGGAAUGUCCAUACCCCGAUUUGAAGUCUUCAAUCUUUAAUGAAUUCCAUAAAUUUGCAGAUGAAUAUUGGUCUAAACUUCAAGAGAUUGAUCAACAGUUAAAAGUAAUAUCCAGGAACAUAGGUUGGAGUGAAGAAGAUCACUGGGUUUAUCAGACUGUUAUAAAUCAGUAUCCAAGUGACCUUCAGAGCAGAAGAACUCUGUACUUGGAUAUGCUACAGAGACAUCUGCCUCACAAAUCUAGGCAUGAUCUGGUUGUUCAUGAAAAGGCUUGGGACCAGUACCAUUUUGCUAGGAAUCAACGUAAAGCUUUGAUUCUAAACUGGGCUCAGGCUAGAAAAGCCUUUUUACUGAAAGCAGUAAUGACUAUUGCUGAAGCCUGUGCUGCUCAUGAGACAGAAGUGAUGUUGGCUAAUAAUAGAAGAAAGCAACAGGAAAUCUGUGUUGAUCUGAAAGGAAAGGUUCUACAGUGGAGAGCACACCAGGAGGAGACAGCCAGACUGGAAGCUGCUAUAGCUGCCAGAAGAAAAGAAAAGGAAGAUGAAAAAGAAAAGAUACAGAAAGAAAAGGAAAUGAUUCAAAGAGCAGAGGGAAAAGAAAAGGUGAGAAUAUACUGGGCUGAAAAACAACGCAAGUGGCAAGAAAUGGAAGAGAAAGAUCUACAGCGUCUGGCAGAACUGAAGAACUUAAUGAUUGAACAAGCAACUAAAGAUAAAGAAAGGGUUAAGUUUAGACAAGAACUGUUGGAAAAACGCCUGGUGGAGAGAAAAGAAUUGUCCCUUCAAGAAGCCCAUGUGAAAGAAGAAAGAGAGAGACGUCUUGAAGCCCUGAGGCAACAGGUUGCUAUUGUUGCUGAAGUUGAUCCAGCUAGAAUGAUGGCUGAUACAGUGGCAUCUAAAGCUAAAAUGGGCAUUGGAACUGAAGAAGAAGAAUGUGUUCUUCAAAGACCACUGUUUACAUUACAUACAUACAAUGAACAACAGAUCAUUUCUGACCCUAGAGUUCGUGUUGAGCUAGCUCUUCGAGAAGCUGGACUUCAUAAAACUCUUUAUGCUAAAGAGAUUUUACCAAAAAUUCCUCCACUCAAACUUCCAAGAAAGGACAUGGAAUCUACAGUCUUUAAAAUGUAGAAUCCAGAAUGGAUUUCAGAACUCUUUGACUAUCCUCUGGACUAUAAUAGAAAAAAUUUUUAAGAAACUUCUUUAAUUU